AUGUCUAACCUGAACGCGACAAGCACGCCCGGCUACGGCUUCAGCCCCGCAAAUACGGCUUCCUUCUCCUCUAACCCCUCGGAUGCCAACGCUUAUCUGUAUCCGUAUCACUCGACAGCGAUAGCGGAUCAGUUGAUAUCUACCGCUCAGACCCUCGUGAACCCUCGUGGAAAGGGCAUAUAUGCCACGGACGAGACUCCAGAGGGCAUCGAAGCUCGCUUGAUCGCCGCCCUCGGUGAAGAUACCAAAUGGACAGACGCGGAGAAGAGAGAGAAGAGACGGCGGUUCCGCGAAUGUCUCUACGAAUCUCUCCCUACGCAGUACAUCUCCGGAGUGAUCUUGUAUGCGGAGACCCUCCUUGACUUCCAGCUCGGGCCCGUCCUCGCCAGCAGGGGCAUCAUCCCCGGCAUCCGCGCCGACACCGACUCGCACCCGCUCCCCAUCUCCCCGCUCGAGCCCGCGACGCAGGGUCUCGACGAUCUGCUCCCGCGCCUGACGUCAGCGCGUCUCGCCGGUGCACGCUUCACGAAAUGGCGGGCCCCGAUCCUCUGCACAUCGGCCGCGGGCGGUCUGCCCACACAUGCCGCGCUGGAGGCGCAGGCGGAGAGCCUCGCGCGAUUUGCGGCGAUCAGCCAGCAGGCGGGUUUGGUGCCCAUUGUGGAGCCCGACGUCGACUUCGCGGAGGAUGCGGAUCUGAAGAGGAGCGUAGAGGUGCACGUGAAGAUUAUUAGUAUGAUAUUUGCACGGUGCGCCCAGUAUGGGGUGCUCCUAGAGGGUUCGUUGAUCAAGCCGUCCUUCCCUCAGCCAGGCUUGAAGCAUCCUUCGCGGGCUACUACUACCUCCGAGGACAUUGCUCUUGCCACUGCCACAGUCCUUGCCCGGUCCGUGCCGAUAGCAGUCGCUGGUGUCGUCUUCCUUUCAGGUGGUCUAUCCGACUCGGAAUCGAUCCUUUACCUCAACAAACUCAAUGUACUCGUCAACGCCUCCACGGCGCCGUCGCCUUUCUCGAGGCUACCGCCGCUAAGCUUCUCGUUCGGCAGGGGCCUACAAGGGGACGCGAUGAAGAAGUGGGUUAAGGGUGACGAGGAAGGGGCGAAGAAGGCAUUUGAAGUCAGGGCUAAGGCAUGCUACGAUGCUGCAAGGGGCCAGCUGAACGUGUGA